CCGUUCCGUCGACGAGUUCCGUUCAGGAACUUCGUCUCGGAUGUGUCGUAUUCGAUUUUGAAAAAAAAGUGCGCGGCAUUGCGCGUACUUUGAACCUUGUGAUUCGUUCGGAACCUUAAUUGUCCCGAGGAAUCACGAAGACGUGUAUGGAUUGUUGUACAGAGUACUCCUCGUAUUUCAAAGAUGGGUCAUGGUUCGAGUCGAUCCGCUUCGUCCGCGAAUUUAUUAUCCGCGGAUGAGCUGACCUUAGUGGAAAAUCUCUUUAAAUCUAUGUUCCGAAGCUCGGGCUCAAUAAAACGGGAGGACAUAUUCAAGCACUGGUCCACCCACCUAGACGAUACCUUAUUGCAAUUUGUGGUACGGUUCCUUUGCCAUGAACCAGGAAAGAAAGUGUCAGCUAUAAAUGGAGAGAACUUUGGUCGUUUGUAUGUGUUUGCUGUACGUGGCAGUCCAGAGGAGAGGACAAGUUUAAUCUUCAGUGGUUACUCGGAAGAGGAACAGAAGCAGGAAAUACCCACCGAACUGUUCCUACAGUAUGUCCAAGCUACAAUAAAUUCUUAUUUGAGGUUACAGAAAAACUCCAGCAAUGCACAUUACUUAACAUGGAGCAGCAUUGGUUGCACAGUAAAUACAAGGCGGAUAGGAAUGCGUUCUAGAAGUUUGUGCGAAGAUAUUGUUAAACAUGGGGAUACAUUGUCGGCUGAUCAAAUUGAAAGUUGGUUUGCUACAGCUGCCACGUUUAAAACAAUCCAAUCGCACGUCUUCCAGUGCCUUUUCCUGGUCUCUCAGAAGAAAGGAGACAAGACCACGAGCAGCCGACUAAACGAUUUGAAUCUUCUGCCUGUCUGCAAGGGUUUAGAGAACAUUCCUCACUUUCCAAGUAUCCUGGGAUUGGGGGAUGUUCUAUUCUUGAAUCUGAGCUUGCCUCACGAACUUCGCAACGAAUGGAGAUUCUUGUUUUCUAGUCAAGUGCACGGAGAGUCAUUCUCCACCAUGCUAGGAAGAAUUACCAUGCAAGGAUCCACAAUUAUAAUUCUCCAAGAUACGGACGACCAUGUGUUUGGUGGUUAUGCCUCGGACAGUUGGGCUAUUGGUCCCAAUUUCAUCGGGAACCAGAGCUCGUUCUUAUUUAAACUUGAACCAGAUAUAUUAACAUUCUCAUCUACGGGUUACAAUAAUCAUUAUCAGUAUCUGAAUCUUCAUCAACAGACUAUGCCUAACGGUUUACUUAUGGGAGGACAAUUGAACUACCCUGGGAUGUGGCUGGAUUGUGAAUAUGGUACUGGUAAAUCCAGCGCGUCUUGUACAACCUUCCAGAACUAUGUUCAACUUAGCGGCAAGGAGACUUUUAAGAUUAAACAUUGCGAAGUUUGGGGUGUAGGUCCGUUACCAGAGGCGGAAGGAGAUUCACGAGAGUCCAGGUCGAUCUUGGAUCAGGAUUCUACCUCUAAAGUAAUAUUGGAAAUGUCUGGGCGUAAAAUGCACAGCGACGGGUUGAGGGAGAAGAAAGAGUGAUGCAUGAGAUUCACUGGUAUUAUGGGUGUAUACGAAUCUAUAUCAGGCUACUGAAAAUGUAACAGCUUUUUAGACAAAAAAAAAAAACAUAAUUAUUACAACAGUAUCUAUAAGGUGACGAGCAAGGAAGUAACGGAUACCGCGGUCAUAUCAAUAAUUUCGUAGGUCAAGAUGUUCUCAAACGGGUCAAUAAACAUUGAAACGAAAUCUAUUAACGUUCAACAAGUUUCUAAGCGUUCGUUUCCAUUCACUGUUCGUUCAACGUUCAAGAAGAAAUUGUAUCCCCGCAACGGCCUGAUCUCUCGAGCUAAAAUCAUUUCCGAUCUUCCAGUAAAUUCGUACGGCUUUCUUAUGCUAAUUAACGAACACCAUGCCCGUUGAUACUGAAAAGAGCAAACACGCGAGUUGCUGUGUCGUUUGAAUGCCUAUUAUCUAGUGCCUGGUGAGUGGUAAGUCAUUUUUAAUCGGAGCAUCACGAUGCGCACCGAUAAAACUCUGUAUCAGUAAAUAUUGUGCGCCACGGGGUUACCAUUGUAAUAUAAGACUGUGUGUUAUUCCUAUUACCAAUCAACAGCAAAACCAAAGAGAGAACACUGCACUGUUGAUCGAGAAACGUUGGGAGUUCAAUAAAGGAACUGAAACCUCA